GCUCCCGCCCGCUAAAACCCUAAACCCCGUUCCAUGCUCUGUAAAUGGAGACCGCUCCAGUUUCCCCAAAAAUCUCACAUUGUCGCUUCUCUUUCUUCCCUCAUCUUCACUAAACCCUCAGUCUCUGUCGCAAAACUCGAUGCCGACCCCCUGACCACCGCCACCGCCACCACCUUCAUCUCUUCAAAUCCCAGCGACACCGUUCACAAUAUCCUCGCGGGGUUGAAAGAAUUGGGGUUUAGGAGAUUUCUAGGCGGGCAUUACUUUAGAGGCGUUGUUUCUAUGUUGAAUCAGUGCCAGGUUGAUAAGAUCAUCGACGGGUUGAGGCUUGAGAGCCCUGAUUUGGCUGUUGCAUUCUUCCAUUGUCUGAGGGAUGAGUAUGGUUUCCAGCACUCGAGGUUUUCGAGGCUUGUUGUUUGCCAUGUUUUGGCGGGAAAGAGGCGAUUCCGAGACCUUCGGUUGUUGUUAAAGAAAAUGCUGCAAGAGGAAGAUUUCAUGUGAUUUCUGGUA